CUCAUGAAGAGAAAGAUGGCCGACACAGAACAGACGAACGGCGACGACACUAUGAUAUCAUCUAUUACAAAGCAGAAGAAGAAAGAAGUUGUCCCUGGGGUGAUAUAUCUCAGUAGAAUUCCCCCUUUUAUGAGUGUGAAAAAGAUACGCGAUAUAUUCAGUGAAUUUGGAGAAGUUGAGAGGAUAUUUCUUCAGCCAAAUGAGCGAGGAGCAAAUACCAAGAAAGGUAGACUGUUCACAGAAGGCUGGCUUGAAUUCAGCAACAAGAAGAUUGCCAAGCAAGUAGCAGUAGCAUUAAACAACACCAAUGUUGGGGGUAAAAAGUCAAGUCAGUGGUAUGACGAACUGUGGAACAUCAAAUAUCUGCACAGAUUUAAGUGGGCUCAUUUAAAUGAAAGAUUGGCUUACGAGAAAGAAGUACGCAAACAGCGAAUGAGGACAGAGAUUUCACAGGUAAAACGUCAGGCCCAAUUCCAUAUCCGUAAUGCUGAAGGAGAAGAGGUUAAGAAACACAUUCAGGAGAGGAAAAGGAAACAGGGCAAGCCUGUCCAUGGGGAAAAAGAUGGUAGUGUCACUGAAACAAUUUUUGUGAUAACACAGAAAGACACCGAGGAAGACAGGAUGUUAAAUAAGAAAAGAAAGUUAGAAGGAAAGAAGGACACUUCUAUCUCAAUGACAAAAGGAAAAAAAGAGGUAGUGAGGAAAAAAUCUGCAGCAGCACAUUCAUCAUUUCUCAAAAACAUUUUCUCAGGAGGAUUAGUGGAGGGGGAUAGCUGAAUU